GGCAGCUCCACCCGCAGCGGUGCAUAGCCUCAGUACCCUGCGGGGAGCGUGAGCGCGGGGUGAUAGGGGUGAGAUAGAGGGGAGAGUUGGGGCCUGACCCCUUGAGCCCCCCGGCGAGCCGAUGCCGGGAUGCGGGAGCCGCUCCUCCGCACAUCCACCCCUGGGUGUCGCAGCCGCCGCCGGUUGCGCUCCUUCCCCUCGGCUGGUGUCCCAUGUCCCGGGGAGCCGUUUAUACUAGGUUAAAGCCCAAACCAGAUUGACACAGAAGAGCACAAAUCUAUGCAUGCUGGAAUUCUUAACGUCAAGUGUGUGUCACCGUGGGUGGAUAAAUUCUCCCUGGUUCAGCCCCAGAARACCACACCUGGGAGGAGAUAACAAGAAAAUGGACCCUGAACUGCUAAACCUCCCACUUGGAGUCAAGAUCCCUGUGUCACCUAGAUCUAAGCCUGUCUUCUCCAGGAGAAARCUGGGUGAAAAGCUCUGCCGGCCGUUCCUUUUUUAUACUCUGGAUGAUCCCUACUUGUACCGGUUCAACCCACGAUACAACUGCCUGCAUGACCCUGCCCUUCGGGACUACCACAUGCGCAAGGAUAUCCGGCGUUUGCUGAAGAGACAGGGCGUCAUCACCAGUGACAACUAUGUGAUUUGCACUGUGAAGGAGUUCAACGACUACAGGCAUUACCUGACCUGGGUGAAGCAGGAGUCAGAGAAGAGCUUGGCGCAGCAAGAGGCUGGGCUUCUGUCACCCCUGGCCAAAUUAAAGGAUGGCCCCAAACUGCAGGGAACCGCUCACGCUUCCUGCCAGGGGAAGUGGUGGCUGCAGUCUAAAAAAACCAAGAGCAGAAAAUCAAGGGGAUUCAGAAAAAGGGGAUUAGCUUUGGAUGAGAGCUAUACUUACUCCGGAGCUGAGCUGGACCAGGAGGAUGCCGAGCUGGACCAGGAGGAUGCCGAGCUGCCCAGGAGGGUCAGCACACCUGCUGACGCCCAGAAGUCAGAUAGCAUUGCCAAUAGCCUGUCAGAUGUUGCGUUGGAGCAACCAACUGCAGCAGAAGCCAAGAAGCUUGAMGAGCUGGCUGAGAUUGUGGUGCACAGAGUGUUGGAGAGGCUGAAGAUUCCUGGGAAUCAGAAAGUCAGCUUUUUACAGAGGACUGCCCAGGGAAUCAGAAGAAGACUUYUAGGCAGCUGCAUGAAAGUAGAAUAUUCGGACACUUCUCUAGAUCACCGUCAGAAAAUGGAAGUAAUGGCGAAAGAGCUUGUAGCCACAGUGUUGGAGAUCUUGGGGGAGCGUCUGGCAUCCAGCACAUCCAAAGCUUCUGAGMCAGGGAGGGCAGCCAAGCAGAAACAGCAAUCAAUUGAUGGAAGAGCCACCCAAGCAGACAAAUCCAAGGACAUAAAAACAGCCACURUGGACAGAGCACUUUCACAGGCUUCCCUUGACAAACUCACCGGAGAACUUGUUGAGAGUGUUCACCGCACCUUGGAAACCCUUGUAACUUCUCAGUUUGAACAAGACACUAGCUCUGAGUACACUGAAAUCCUAAAGCCUCCUGGGGAAAAUUUCUCCAACAGACAAGUGCAGCCAUCCCGGACACUUCCAAGGCAGAGCACGAAAGCAGGACAAGGAUUUCCCAGGGCAUCUGUGAGCCGAGAGUCAACAGCCUUCGCCAAUACUUUGGAUAUAAGGACCAUGGCAAAUCAUAUYGCUGACUCAGUAUUAGAACGGAUCAGUCAAGCUGGGCCUGCACCAGUGCCCAAAGAGAAUUUUCAAAGGCCACCCACGUCCCGAGGCGGAAAGGAAAGCUUUGCUACUGAGGAUACUUUCCCUUCCAUGGACCCAUAGUUUUCCCAACAGCCCAUCCCUCCAGUCCAGGCCAGAGUGCCCAAAGCUCAUCUGAGGCAAGCAAGGUUUGUGACUAGAGAGCUGAAUAGCCCCUAUACAAUAAACACAGACCACAUCCUUGU